CCUUUUCCGUCUUCUAGCUUUCCCUUGUUUAAUGCCACAAGCACACACACUACUUUAUUGGAUCCAGCUUUUACAUUAGUAUACCUGAGUGACUCGACACGGCGAGUGCGCUCGAGACCGACACAAAGAUCCUUCCGUCGUCGUAAAUCUCCCACGCUUGCCCCGGUCUUGCUCCACCCAUGGCCACUACUAUCGAGAUGCCAAUGAACACUGUAUCUACGAUAUUCAGCUUGCCGGAACCCUCCUGACCUUUAUUCACCAGGCUCAUCAACAUGCCGCAAAUGCUGAGGAUCAUUCAAGCAAUGGCCUUCUCAUUCCAUCAGCUGAGGUCGAGGCCGCCUUGACAGCCAUUCAGAUCGUGCUCCUGACUUCGUAAUUGCGUCCAGGAACAUCUCAAAGCUGCAGAAGCCUACAUGGCUGCCAUCGCGCGUACUAAUGAUGAUUCGGUCAAUGAUUAUAUCAUCUCACAUCUCACAUACAAUCUGAAUCGUUAUAGACCAGAAGAACUUUGCAAAUGCUGCACAACGAGCACAAGAGGUCCCAUCUCGAGCUUCAGAGAAAAAUAUCCCGCUUGAAGGAAGAAGGGAAAGAUCCAAACGAGCCGCAAAAGCCCGAAGUUCAAAGAGCCCCCUCGUCGAAUUCUGUGUCAACUUUCACCCAACCGAUGUCUUCUCCUUCGCCCGCUCGCCCUCUCAUGGAAUCGACGACCGUUGAGGAGUCUUUUAUGGUUCUAGGCGGUCAACGGAUCCAGGAGACGCGUUCAAUCAAUUCUGGACCAUCAUGCAGGGAAUGUUGGAAAAUCUGUCUCAACCUGUCGCAUUUGCCACAGCACCUCUGGGAACAUCAUCAGAACCGUCUCGACCCGAGGAACACCAUAGUAGUGACACCGAUUAUACCGAUGCUGAAGAACGGUUAUCAUCACGUUUGUCACGAAAGCUCAAGUUAGGGGGCAAGAGCGUCAAGUCUCAACUUACAGCGGGUGGAAGGGGGUCACCCGCGAUCGAAACUUCGACGCAAGAGGGAGAUUUUGACGACGACUUUUCGGAUGAAGGUGCAUACCACUACCCUCAUUGCGACUUGAAGACGUACCCUUUUUCAGGCGACGAUCUCUCUGAAUCAUUCCUCGUGAUACCAUCCGAGGCGACCAUGCGAGCGCUCAAACAGGAGAACAUCGCAUUAAAGGGCCAAGUGGGGUUGUUACAACAUAGAUUGGAAGCGACCGAGCGCGUACUUCGGCUUCGCAAGGAACAAGAUCACUAUCUGAGGGAUAGUAUACUUCAGGCCUCGAAGGAGGCACAACGGGCAAUGGGGGCUUCCCUACUGGGGCAACGUGGUCCUGUUGACCUUGGCCCUGUCAACCUGCAGUCGCCUUCCCUUCCUCAACCUGGUAUCAACACACCCCGAGAAGCACAAUACGCUCGUCGGGUGAAGGAGUUAGAAGAAGAACUACGAAAUAUGCGUAUAGAGAAUGACAGAAAUAAAGUGAUGAUAGCAAAGUUUCGAGAACGUUGGGACAAACUCAAGGAGUCUGCGAAGCGGAAGAAAGUAUCAAAGGCAGCUGCCGUAGCCUCGAAAACUGGGAUACAGGAACGAAUUCUUGAGGAACCUGAGGUAGAGGAGGAGCAAAUCUGAUCUAGUGACAACGAUUCUGUUUAAUUCUUGUGUAUAUUGUCUAUUUCUCGAUAAAUGUGCGC